AGGCUCCAGGGGAAGGAGGGGUGGGAAAAGUUGGGAGACGGGAAGAGGAAUGAGUGUCAGUGGGAGAUAGAAGUUUGUGUGAGAGGAGCAGAGGAGAAGGAGCCGUAAACAGUCCCAAGGCUGCAGGGAAGGACAAGGAUUUUCCCAACUCCGUGACUUUUUCCAACUUCUUUUUUUUGUGUGUGAGACUGUGUGUGUGCACUUGGAGCCGCACUCCGGGUCUUGGUGGGAGGUACUGACAGGAGCAAUGCAAAAGCAGAGAAAUCCGAGGCAGGGGUAGGGAGACAGAGAGCCGGAGAGGGGAAGUGGGAGCCAACUCUGAAGAAAAGGAGCCAUGCAAGAGGAUUCUGUCUUCUGCCGGGUCAGGUUUCACAAAAUGAGAAACCACACUGAGAGCACUUCAUCAGGGCUCACCCCGCUCAGACAGGAUGCCAGCUGCUAGCACCAUGACCGGUGGGAGAGCCCUGCUGCUCUGUGCAAACACUGACAACUGCAUCUACCAAUCAGUCCAGGGGAUCCAGUGCUGCGGCUUGAACGUCGGGAAGGCUCCUUCAUCUGUGGUGCCCCAGCAUCCAGAGGUGUGUGGGUUACUGGGGGAAAACGCCGGGAGCGGAGCUGCUGUUGCCACCGAGCAUCCUAUCGCCCCUCUGCUCAGCCUGAGUGAGAGCCCUGGUCCCCCCGACACCAUGCUGGCUCACAGGAGAGCCACGACUACCACGGAUCCACGGACGUCCAACAUAGAAAACGGGCUCAGCUGCAGCAAGAGCUCAACGGGAUCCAAGACUGCCAGCAUUCGCGAUAAGAUAUCCCAGUGGGAGGGCAAAAAGGAGCCCAACCUGAGUCCAGCUGGGAUGUGCCCACUGGCUUCGAUGCAGAAGGAUGUUGAAGCUUUAAGGAAAAGGGAACCUAAAAGUUCAGAGGUCCAAAGAACGGAAAGUAAGAGGUUUGUCUUCUGGGACAGACAAGACUCAGGAAAGGAGAAUGUUGGAAAACUGGGAGAUUUUAGACCCAAAUCUCCAGAGAGUCCAACAAACAAAAAGAAAGAAGCGAUGAUGGAGAAGGGAUGUUACGCUUCCAAGCCCACUGAACAAGAAAAGACAACAGUUUUGACUCAUGUAAAGAAACUGGAAAAGGCAACAAAGGAAGUUCCCGUCAAGUCCUCGCUGGCAUUCCCAGGGAAUUACUUCUGUCCUCCUUUGAAGGAGGAGCUGGAGGACACGGAAAAGAGAAUCCAUGAGCCCAUUUUUGGGACUUUCGACACGGUUCAGCAAGGCGGGUCACGGAGGAGAAAGGAAGGCAAUCCGGAAAACGUCUACAGCGAGCCCGGAGCUCCAUCAAUAAACCCUUUACCCAAACCUCAAAGGACCUUCCAGCAUCACGCACUCCCAUCAGGAUCUUACAACGGGAAGGGGAAGAGGAACUUGCCCCCUUUACCCUCCAUUCCUCCUCCACCUUUACCUACCUGCCCUCCUCCAGGAGUCUGCAAGAGACCUUGGGUUGACAAAUCCCGGAGCAGUAAUAACAGAAAGUCCUACGAGUUUGAGGAUUUGCUCCAGUCCUCCUCAGAGAGCGUCCAAGUCGACUGGUACGCUCAGUCCAGACUGGGCCUGACGUGCACUUUAUCAGAAGAGAAUGUCUAUGAAGACAUUCAAGAUCCACCAUCCAAGGAGAACCCUUAUGAAGACAUAGAGCUGGAGCGUAGCUGCUUGGGGAGUAAAUGCAUUUCACCUGUCUUCUCCUCUUCUGUCCCAGAUACUCCCACUAAGAUCUCUGGAAAACCCGGGUUUUUUCGACAAAACUCGGAGCGCCGGAGCUUCAAAGUCUGUGAGCUUCGCAAAACCAACAGAGACACUGGCAUCUCCUCCCCCUCCCGCAUCAGCCCCCCGUCUACACCCAGCAGCCCCGACGACACUCCCUGUCUCUCCGGAGAUCCUUACAACCGCAGACGGAGGAAGAUCCCCAAGAUGGUGCUGAGAAUCAAUGGCAUCUUUGAGGCACGCAGAGGCAAGAAGCACAUGAAGAAGGUUUCUCAGUCUGCAGAGUCCAGCUCAGGGAGAGAUGAAAACAGUGAGUCAGAAAGUGACACAGAAGAAAAGCUUAAAGCUCACAGUCAGCGGCUCGUCUUGGUUCAGUCCAUGCAGGCGGGCCGGUACCGGACCUUGGAGAGGGAUUUGUUGGAGUUACAGGAGAGAAAACUCUUUGAGUAUUUUAUAGUUGUUGCUCUCCACAAGACGAAAGCUGGAGUCCCGUACCUGCCAGAAGUCACUCAGCAGUUUCCUUUAAAGCUUGAAAGGAGUUUUAAGUUCAUGCGAGAGACUGAGGACCAACUGAAGGUCAUUCCACAGUUCUGCUUCCCUGAUGCCAAAGACUGGGCGCCGGUCGACAACUUCCCCAGUGAAACAUUUUCUUUUGUCUUGACUGGUGAAGAUGGAAGCAGACGAUUUGGAUACUGUCGUCGUUUACUGCCCAGCGGUAAGGGCCGAAGGCUCCCGGAGGUCUACUGUAUCGUCAGUCGACUUGGAUGCUUCGACCUCUUCUCAAAGAUCCUGGAUGAAGUGGAGAAGAGGAGGGCCAUCUCUCCGGCUUUGGUGCAGCCUUUCAUGAGGGGCAUCAUGGAGGCUCCCUUCCCGGCUCCAGGGAGAACCAUCUCCGUCAAAAACUUCCUACCUGGCUCUGGCACAGAGGUGAUAGAACUGUGUCGACCCUCGGAUUCACGCCUGGAACACGUGGAUUUUGAAUGUCUCUUCUCUUCACUGAAUCUCCGCCUCCUCCUCCGAAUAGUUGCCUCCCUGUUGCUGGAGCGCAGGGUCAUCUUUACUGCUGACAAACUCAGCACUUUGUCUCAGUGUUGUCAUGCCAUCGUGGCUUUGCUCUACCCGUUCACCUGGCAGCACACAUACAUCCCCGUGCUGCCGGCCUCCAUGUUGGACAUCGUCUGCACGCCAACCCCCUUCAUCGUCGGCCUCCUCUCCAGUUCUCUCCCUCGACUCAAAGAGAUGCCCGUUGAAGAAGUCCUGGUGGUUGACCUCGGCAACAGCCGCUUCCUACGUCAGGUUGUAGCUCUCAAAACAGAUUCAUUGUUUUUACUACAAAUCAGCCACGUGCUCCAUGCACAAACAUUUUACAUGUACUUGAUAUGUUUAGGAAGCGUAGAACGCUGUCUUUGGGUUGCUAACAUUUUCUUUCUACAGCUGGAUGAUGAAGACUCCAUUCUUCCUCACAAGCUGCAGGCAGCUCUGGAGCAAGUUCUGGAGAAGAGGAGGGAGCUGGCCUGCGAGAAAGGAGAUUUGCACAAUGAUUCCAGCUCCCUCAGCACUGUGGUGUCAGAGGCCUUUGUGCGGUUCUUCGUGGAGAUGGUGGGUCACUAUUCGCUCUUCAUGGGCGGACCUGAGCGAGAGGACGAGUCCGUCUCCUCUGCAACCACACCCAGCCCCACUUCAUCCUCCCCGUCAUCCUUUCAGCGGGAGGCUUUUCGCAAAGCGGUCACUUCCAAGAGCUUACGGCGCUUUCUGGAGGUUUUCAUGGAGACCCAGAUGUUUACCGGCUUCAUGCAGGAGAGGGAGCUACGCAGGCAGGGUCUCAGAGGGCUUUUUGAAAUCCGAGCACAAGAAUACCUGGAUUCACUUCCUGGUAGUGAACAGAGAGGAGUUAACAAGUUUCUUAAAGGCCUGGGAAACAAGAUGAAGUUCCUUUCCAAGAAAUAAGACUUGAACCACACAGGCAGGAUGAAAGCGGACGUUGUACAGGGAGUGGGUAUUUUCCUCAACUCAACCAACCAUUUCAUUAGUUUUGUUAGACCAAUAUGUAAAGAUAGUAUUACAGUUAAUGUUAUUGCAAACUCCUCUGUCUCUACAGUGUAUCACUGUGUAGUACAUCCCAGUGAAAAAGAUUCUCAGCCUCUAUUAAACCUGCAAGAUUUUGCUGAUGAUCCAGUGUUGUACAAAACUUUCUUUAAAUUCCACCUUUUUCACGACGAUGCUUUUAUAAAUACACUAGUGAACCUUCUUCUACAGGAGGCUUUUAAGUUAAUGUAUAUUACUGUCUAGGCAAAGUUAAUCUCUUCUUUAAAUUGAAAUGAGUGUCUUGUUUUCUUGUAGUUGGAAAAAACAUUUUUAUUUAACAGAGUUUUAGAACAGGCUAUUUGUAGUCCAUUUGGGGUUAUAAAGUAUAUGUAACACUGUUUUAAGUAUUUUAUUUUAUUUUUUUUUAUUGGAAAAAGACAACACGCCAAGUUUAAGGACUAACAAAUAAAUCAACCUGAACACAUACAUGUCUCUUCCUCGGGUUUCAGGGGAGAUCUUGUGGUCAAAAUUAAAGAAAGGUGUGUAUCUUAAAAUAUUGUUUAUCUCAAUGUGCUAAGGACAUGAAUAGGGGGGGCUUAAGGUUGAUUUAAAUGCAGUAAAACUUUUUAAAUAAAGUGAUUUGAAAAUAAAAAA